AUGAAACUCUUCCUUCUUCUUGCUUCGUGGAUGCCUGCGUUCGUGACAUGCGCCAUGUACUCCAGCGAAAAUCAAAAGUUUAUAUGCGUCACCAUCACUUCAACCCAGGAAAUACCAAGAGGCUCACCUUAUCCAGGUUUCGCCUAUGACGCCACAGUCAUGGCGGGAACACAUGGUAUUGUGGCUGGAAAUAAAAUCACCGUUAGAAGCGAUUUUUGGGAACUCGAGCCGGGAGAGAAGUAUUGGCUAAAAGGUGAGGCAAAUGACUCUAAUACAUGCUAUGACACCCUGAAAUGA